AUGACAUCACUGCGAUUUGCAUAGAAUCGGGGUAUAACUGGUCACGCAGGGGGAGCGCCCUUUUAUACGACGGUCCAGAGCAGCUGCUGCAGAGAGCGGAAUUGUACCUGAAGAGAGCGCAUCACUGAUCAAUCGGCAGAUAUGUCUGACAAACCAGAUAUGGCUGAAAUCGAGAAAUUCGACAAGUCUAAGUUGAAGAAGACGGAAACGCAAGAGAAAAACCCACUGCCUUCAAAAGAAACAAUUGAACAGGAGAAGCAAGCGGGUGAAUCGUAAUGAAACCGGCCCUUCCAAAUUAUGCACUGUACAUUCCACAAGCAUUGCCUUCUUAUUUUACUUCUUUUAGCUGUUUUAACUUUGUAAGAUGCAAGGAGGUUGGAUAAAGUUUGAAUGACUGUACUGCCCCUUUCACAUCCAAAAAAAAAAAAUUUAAAGAAUAGAGAGAACUACUGAUGCUGUGAACGAAGGCGCUGCCCUUUCCAUCUGCCUGUCCAGCUUGGUCCUGGUGGCACGAAAGAGCUUGCAUGUGUCUC